AUGAAUGCUGACACUUAUCACAGGUCCAACAGGUCUAAUCGGCGCCAAAAUGGCAAUCAGAUAAGGGGACCACAUUCGGCUCUUACUGAUUUCCUGGCGUCAAACAACAUUUCUGCAGCUCAGAUUCAAAAUGAUUAUCAGGAGCGUCUGCGCCAGGCAGAACGAGAGGCCGAACGUGAGCAGAGAGAAAAUGGCGAAGCCGAAGCAGAGUACGAGGAGGGGACUACUGGCGAGUCACCCGAGGAGAAAAAGAAAAGAAAACGAAAAGAGGCCGCUACCUUGGCCAAGAUCAAGCAGGGUAAAGAGUUUGCCCGUCGCAAGGCUGCUCGCAAGGGUGAGGACUCCGAUGACGAUGAAAUAGCUCGCGACAUGAUGCAUCAAAAGUCGAGGCCGCUGCCAGGACAGCUGGACAACUGCGAGAUCUGCCAAAAAAGAUUCACUGUCACACCUUACAGCAAAACCGGACCAGAUGGGGGUCUACUUUGCGCUAAGUGCUCCAAAGAACUGGCCAAGGAUGAGAAGAAGGCAAAACCGAAGAAGACUGCUCCUAAAACUAGCCGGCGUCAGAACCAAAGCAAACUGCUAGACGGUAUCGCUCAACAAGGCGCUUCAAGUCUAGUAGAAAUGUGUACAAAGAAAGUCGCGGACAACAUCAACGAUGUGGAAGAGUUUGGUGACUUGCCUCCACAGCUACUUCAUCGCUUGAGUCAAAUUUUAUCGAAGAGACGAGUGCUCACUCCACGGACGCUUCAACUCUUUCUACGCUCAGAUUUCGAUGCAAUCAACAUCUAUGAUUGUGGAAAACUUGAGACGGAUGAUUUCGAGAAGAUUUUCACCUUCAUGCCACAUCUUGCGCAUGUCAAUCUGCGCUUUGCAGGUCAAAUGAAAGACAGAGUACUGGAAUAUAUGAUGGACCGUCAGCUCAAGAUCAAGCAUUUGCAGCUUGAUGCUGCUAAUCUCAUCUCUGAUGGUUGCUGGCGACAGCUAUUUAUGAAACUCGGCCCUCAACUGGAAGGAUUGAAGCUCUCGAAUCUCGACUCUUCGUUCGAUGAUGAGACUGUUGUAGCCCUCAGCAAACAGUGUCCGAACCUUCGUCGGUUGAAGCUGAGUCAUUGCUGGAAAAUCGGAGAUGAAGCGCUUGCCGCCUUGGGCAACCUAACCAAGCUGGAGCAUCUGUCGAUCAAUAUGCUGCGAGAUGUACAACCAACCAGCGUCAUUACUCUGGUCGAUAAACUCGGACCCAAACUGCACACUCUUUCUUUGCAAGGCUUUCAUGAUUGUGACGAUGCGCUGCUCAAAAAAAUACACACUCGCUGUUCUCGGCUUGAGAAAUUGCGACUAUCUGAUAACGUGGUCUGUACCGACAAAGGGUAUGUCGAUCUCUUUACGGGAUGGUCAAAUCCGCCUCUGAAGUUUGUUGACUUAUCGUCCACUCGGGAUAUCGACAACUCUAAUCCGAAUGGGCCAGAAGAACCUGUGGGGCUUGCAUCACAGGGCUUCAUAGCUUUGAUGGAACAUUCGGGAUCAAAGCUGGAAAGAAUGAACAUCAGCUCCUGCCGGCAUAUUUCUCGUGAUGCCUUUGAAAAGGUGUUUGCUGACGGUCGGGCUUAUCCUGCGCUCAAAGACUUGGAUAUCUCCUUCCAAACAGUCAUGAACGAUUUCAUCGUGACAUCAAUCUUCAAGUGCUGUCCCGCCUUGCAGAAAUUAACGGCAUUUGCCUGUUUCAAUGUCGUCAACGUUCGCGUUCCAGCAGGAGUGGCGUUGAUUGGCGGUCUUCGAGCUCAAGACUCGAUUGUCGUCGAGGGAGACCUUUGA